AUGGCAGCGAAAAUGCAUGAACUUCUACAUGAGUGUGAGAUCAAGAGCGAGUUCGAAUAUUUGAGCAUCGACGCAACAGUAAAGUGCAUGAUGAAGAUUUUGGGCGAGGCACGAUUCAACCAGAGCCAGGAGGAUCGGGAAGCGGCUGCGAUAGACGACAUGAACUCCGUGUACAAGCUCCUGACUGUGCGUGGACGGAGCAAUGCGGUGUUAGCACUGCGGAAGCAUCGGCCCUCAUCGCCGACGCAUUGUCCUCUUCGUUUUCCAAUUCUCAGCGGUGGCAAGUCUCUUUCUCUGGACGCAAUGCACAUCGUAAUGGUAUACGAGCAGAAUCACAACAACAGGAGCACAAAGGGCAGCAGGUGGUUGGCAACCGUGAUGAACAAAUUCAGAAAUGUUAUGCCAGAUUGCAGUGCGCAGUCCUGGGGACCUAUGUACACUGGCGUCGAGCAAAUUUCCUACACAGCCGAAGAGAAACGUUUGAGUGCCUUGAUUGUCAACAAAGACAUGUCCGAGAUCGAAGCAAAAGCUGUUCUGGAAGGAAUGGACCCAGAUGUGCCUUAUCGAACAGAAACGCAGUUCUUGGAAUCCGUGGCAGCUAUUUGUUCGCUUUUCGCCGAUGAAAUGACCAAGACGACGUUUGCUGGACCGACGUUGCAUCGCUUGCUGGUCAAUCUUACCACUCCGGCCAAGAUUCAAUGGCUCUUCAAUGACACCAGGUAUCGUCAUGCAUGCAAGAUGUCGCAGAUAUGUUUGCUUCCAAGCGGCACUACAUCGAAUGAGUCUUUACACCAUGAGAUCAACAGCUGGUUCCGCGAGAUU